AUGGCGCCCCGCGGUCGUGGAGGAAAGUUCUCAAAGCCCUCGCGAGGAGGAGGCAAGAAGUUCAGCCGUGACCUACAGCCCAUCGAUAAAGAGGGCAACACGCUCGGUCUCUGGCGCGACCCCGCCGACGAAGUCCCCUCAUCCAGCGACUCAUCCUCAGAAGAAGAAAGCUCUGACGAAAGCGACGACGCCGCCCCAGCCAGCAGCGCAACCCAACAGCAAACCGCCCCAUCAGAAGAAACCCGCGAAGCCCGCCGCGCCGCCGCAAAAGCCAAAAAAGCCGCCGCCCUAGCAAAGCGCAAGAAGGGCCCCGCCCAGGUCGGCGAUCUCCCCACAGACUCCGAGUCCGAGUCCGACGACGAGUCCUCCGCGCCCUCCUCAGCCCUCCCCGCAAACCCGAACCACACAGCGCAAUCGCGCUCGCAACUCACCAAGCCGGACUCGGGUGACGAAAAGCCGAAGAAGGUCGUUAAGGAUCUAUCGCAGUUGUCGCGCCGGGAGCGCGAGGCGAUUCAGGCGCAGCAGGCGAGGGAGCGGUACAUGAAGCUUCAUGCUGAGGGGAAGACUGAUGAGGCGCGGGCUGAUUUGGCGCGGUUGAAGAUUAUUCGCGAGCAGCGGGAGGCGGAGAAGGCGAGGAAGGAGGCGGAGAAGGAGGAAAAGGAUGAGGCUGCUAAGGAGCGGGAGGCGGCUAUCAAGGCCCGUGAGGAUAAGCUUCGGGCUGCGGCUAUGGGGAAGGCGGCGCCGGGGAGUAAGAAGGGGGGGCAAUAA